AUGAAUAAUAAAAUACUAGACUUUGCUUUUUAUUAUGUGGUUGGUAAAGGUACAAUAAAGAUAACGUCAUGUAAAAAAGCAGGUGCUAUUUUUGUUGCUCAUUACGUAACAAACAAAUCAGUCACAGUUAUGCUUGCUGGUUCAAUAGCAUUAAGUACUCAUUUUUAUGAUGCUGAUAAAAAUGCACGGAAACAUAAUAUAACAUGUUAUCCUGAAACAGCUAAUUCAUUUAAAAAUAAAUUUAAAUCAAUUAAAUUCGAUGCACCUGUUGUCUAUGGUGAAAUUAAUAGCUAUCAUUUAAUAUCGAGUCAAGGACUGGCAACAUCAAUUGAAUUUGUUUGCAAACUGUUAUCACAUUAA